AUGAACGCCAAGCAAAAGGAGUAUGCACCCAGUAUCCAGGAGCAGGAGCAGUUCCACGUGGAUGCGGUCAAUGCUCAGAUGAUGAUCAGCAAUGGGAAUAAUCGUGCUGCCGGCACGCUGCAGCAGCUGGGAGUGGGAAACAGCACGGUCGAAGUGCAGGGCAAUGGCAGACACUCAUUUCUGAAUAUUGUAAAAAGCAACACGAAUGUCAUCGAUAAUGAAGAUCAGGAACGGCCUGAAAACACCGGCAACCUUCACUUCUGUUCCCAUUGCCACAACGGUUUCCGCACCCUUGGCGCCAAGAAGACACACGAACGUGCCUGCCUCCGCAAGAGAAGCGAGGAGUCAAUAGCGAAUCGCCAGUGCAAGGAGUGCCACAAGAUUUUCAGAUCGGUGACCAAUCUCAAGGCGCACAUGAAAAUCCAUGCUGGCAUUCAGCAAUUCCGCUGCAAACGCUGCUAUACCAAGUUUUUCGACGAGGGCAAAUAUUCGGCCCACAUGGACCGGCACAAGCGCCAGGACGAACUGGUGGUCUGGGGGAUCGCCCUGAGCGCCCAACAUGUUGACAAAGAGUUGGUGGUCAAGGAGUUCAAGUGCACGUUUUGCAAACAUAACUUUACGGCCGCCUUUGAUGUUGGCCAGGAGAAGCGUCUUUAUUCCUGCGAUGCCUGCCACCAAAAGUACAGAAGUUUGGAGGUACAGCGUCAGCGCCAGCCGCGCGAGUUAGCCUGCGAUCGCUGUGGCCGCCAGUUUGUCUUACAUGGCUAUCUGCAGCGUCAUCAGCUCACCUGCGAUGGCACCCUCAAGCGCCCGAGCCAAAGGCGUUAA